AACGAUGGUAGAUAUGUGUGAAUUGAUAUUCCAAGAAGUCGAUAGAUUUUGAACAGAUAAUAUUCAAGAGAUCUCAUGGACUUUUGAGUAGGAUAAAAGAUAAAAAAUCAAUGAGAACAACACCAAUUUUAGUCAGCUCAAGCAACUAUACAUAUAUUUAUACUUAUAUUAAUUUUCAAACGAGAGCAGAUCAUAGCGGAUCAUAACUAUAUAAAUACCCAUAUCAGGUGUCAAUAUGGAAUUCAUAGUAUUUGUUUCUGCUCUUUUAUUGGCAUCAUGUCAUGCUGAGCCAUCACCAACAAUCAUCCCAAUCGAAGGUGGUGUUCAGGGCGACGGAGUGACCACCCGCUACUGGGACUGCUGCGCAACCUCCUGCGCAUGGGACAAAAUCAUCCACACCAAGAACGGCCAACCCGUUCAAACGUGUCAGAAGGACGGACGCACGCCCAGCACCAAAGAAAACAACAGCCAAUCCGGCUGCGAGGUAGACGGAGUCGCUUACAGCUGCAGCAAUCAAGUCGCCCGGGUGAUCAACUCCACGCUGGCCUACGGGUUCUCGGCCGCGUCCUUCACAGGCGGCGUGGAUACUGCGCAGUGCUGCAUGUGCGUUCUUCUGUCUUUCAAGGGGCAGCUAGCCGGCAAGCAGUUGCUGGUUCAGGUUACCAACACGGGCAGCGAUUUGGGCAAGAACCAGUUCGACUUGGCCAUGCCUGGUGGCGGGGUGGGCAUCUUCACGUUGGGAUGCUCUUCGCAAUGGGGAGCACCGGAGACCGGCUGGGGUGACAGGUACGGGGGUGUGCACACGGAAGAAGAGUGCAACCAGCUGCCCGAGGAUUUGCAGGAGGGAUGCAAGUUCCGGUUCAGGUUUAUGGAGGGGGUUCCGAAUCCUGAUGUGUCUUUCCAGCAGGUGCAAUGUCCUAGUGAACUUGUUGCUCUUACUGGAUGUGGAGACUUGGACUAG